AUGCAGCAGAAACGGGACACGCCAAGGCAGCAAGCCUUAGCCCAUGUGAGGAACCCUAGGAACUGGGAUGGACACAAGCAACUAGGCUCGCUUGGCCUUCUCCCUGAAAGAAUAAGGAUAAAUCAGCAAUCAGUCACUUUCCUUGCGCAGCUGAUGUUCUUUCUCAUCGGCGUCGUCAGUUCCAUUUUCUGUGGACAUCUGGGGAAAGUCGAGCUGGAUGCGGUUACGCUUGUGGUGUCGGUUGUGAAUGUCACUGGGGUUUCAGUCGGAAUUGGCUUGGCCUCCGCUUGUGACACACUAAUGUCUCAGUCCUUUGGAGGCAAGAACCUAAAACGGGUGGGGAUCAUACUUCAAAGAGGAAUCCUCAUCUUGAUGUGGUGCUGCUUUCCUUGCUGGGCCAUCUUCAUCAAUACUGAGUACAUCCUGCUGUUCUUAAAGCAAGACCCUGAAGUCUCCAGGAUAGCCCAAAUUUAUGUGAUGAUUUUUAUUCCUGCUCUUCCGGCAGCAUUGCUGUUCCAGCUCCAGACAAGAUAUUUACAAAAUCAGGGUAUCAUCCUGCCUCAAGUUAUUACAGGAAUCGCAGCAAAUGUCAUCAACGUGGGCAUGAAUGUCCUCCUGCUGUAUGUGCUGGACCUCGGAGUGGUAGGAUCUGCUUGGGCAAAUAUGACUUCCUAGUACUUCUUGUGUGUGCUGCUUUUCCUGUAUAUUUGGUGGAAAAAAAUGUACAUCAACACCUGAGGAGGUUGGAGCAGGGACUGUUUGCAGGAGUGGGGCUCCUUCAUCCAGCUGGCUGUUCCCAGUAUGUUCAUGCUGUGCAUUGAGUGGUGGACCUUCGAGAUCGGAACCUUACUUGCAGGACUGGUUAAUGUGACAGAGCUUGGAGCCCAGGCUGUCAUCUAUGCAUUCUCCUCUGCUGCCUACAUGGUGCCUCUUGGCCUUGGUGUGGCAGCCAGUGUCCGAGUGGGCAACGCUCUGGGGGCAGGGAAUGCCCAGCAGGCAUGGCACUCCUGCAUCACUGUCCUCCUGUGUGCCAGUGUUUGUGGACUUACAGUUGGUGUUUCGCUUGCAGCUUUGAAGGAUGUGGUUGCUUAUGCAUUUACAAGUGACAAAGAUAUUAUUUCCCUUGUGAGCCAAGUGAUGCCAAUUUUUGCUCCAUUUCAUCUGUUUGAUUCACUUGCAAUGAGUAUUUGGAGUGUCCUGCGAGGUACAGGAAAACAAAAGAUGGGUGCCAUCUUGAAUACCAUUGGCUAUUAUGUAUUUGGUUUUCCCAUUGGAGUAUCUCUGAUGUUUGCAGCUAAUCUUGGGGUAAUAGGUCUCUGGUCUGGAAUGGUGCUUUAUGUAUUCUUUCAAUCCCUUUUCUACUUGGUGUUCAUCUUGAAGAUAAACUGGAAUGGAGUUGCAAAGCAGGCACAGGUUCGAGCUGGGCUAAAGGGAAUGCAAGAGACCACACCUAUCCCAACAGAUCUCCCUAUUCUGGAAAAAGAAGUAAUCAAUGGAGUGAUUUUACCUGAUAUCAUCAGACCAGAAAAUCAGACUGUUCAACUGCCGCUGAUGGAAGAAAACAGCCAGCAUGUAUUGUCCACCAUUGGAGGUGUUUUGACAGUGAGCCAGCUGAUUUUCUAUCGUGGAAUAGCAUUAGUUGUUGCUGUUGCUGUUCUUUUAGCAGGAGUUUUAAUAUGAGUUUUCAUAUGA